AUGUCUGCUCCUACAAAACAGUUUCACAAACUUUCUAUCGGCGGCAAUAUGCCAGGCAGACGGUCCCAGGCUGAGAGGAGGGCAGCGGCUGCGGGAUCGCAUCGCCCCAGUGACGACGACGACGACGACGAAAACGACGACGAUGACGAGGAAGACGUGACGGAGUCUUCACAAUCAUCCACUCUUCAAGCAAGAUCGGGCAUCACUUAUGAUCUUGCCCAUCUCGACCCUGACUCAGAGGCCAGGGCCCUCCUGGGUCUCACGGGUAGAUUCGACGUCAUUCACUGCGAGUCGACACAGACAGGCUACGAUUUUCGAUUGUCAGAACGGCCACAAGUGCAUAUCGGUUCGGAUACUUAUACGUGUACAUGUUCUGCUUAUCAAAGUCGACCCGAUGUGGCCUGCCAGCAUAUUUUUUGGCUUCUUGACCAACUUCACGGUUGCUUCAUGCCCCAACCUCCUUCCUCUGAUGUGCCCUUACUGAGCAACGGUCAUUCGCCGCAAUUUCCUCGCGUCGAACACCUCCUUGACGGCAAACUAAAAAUGGUGGCAGAGCAGCUGAACUGGCAGUACUCGCGGUCCGAAGUGGAAGGGGGCAUGAGCCGUCCGCAAAAGGUCCGCGACAUCAUGUCAGCAUUCAGCACACUCAUACUCCCUGAGGACUUCCGUCUCGACCUAGUGGAGGACACAACACAUUCUCGCACACCAGAGCAAUGCGUCGUCCAGGGGGACUUCGAAGCCACCAUGUUCCGGCUAGCCGUACACAACGACGAAGUCUACGCCAGCCUGUGUAAAGCGAUGCCCCCUGGGGCCUGCGCGGCCAUCUAUUUCGACAAGGUUCAGGAGAAGACGCGGAAGCUACUGGUGGAUUUCGAUCGAUACUGUCUCACAGGACAACACCCGGCCGCCGACGGGACCGGCACGAGCCUGGAUGUCGAUGCCGUUGUCAAUGAUUUGCAACAAAAUGUCGAUCGAAUCCAUGCCAAUAUCAUCGCGCGCACACCACACGGCACAGAAGGCGCUGCAAAGACUCUGGUCGCAAUCCUGGAGGAAAUCUGCAACCGCGACAAGGACGCUUUGGACGGGAACCGCUGGGGCCGGGCGUCGUUCAACGGCGAGGACGAGGACCAGCGCAACCUGUACCAUCGGCUGGUUGGCAAAGCGGACGAGACGGGCGAGAACUUUGUUCUAGACGCGCUAGAGCACAUCCCGGCCUCGGACCUGCACCAGUUCGGAGACAAAAUGAGCGCUAUUCUCCACCGGAACGAAGUGAAUCGGGGCCCCAAGAGCUACAUCCUCAAGCUGAACGCACUAGUACGCCUCGCCGAGCCUGCAUCGUCCGGGUCCGGGCAGAAACGACCUGCUACUGCUACGACCGGGGGAAAUAGUAAGCGGACGAGAUAG